AUCCCCUCACUUCCCGUAAUCUAUGCUUUCAUAUCCUUUCCCUAUCCCUCUUUCACUCUCUCUUCACAUUGAAAAUUUCCAUAUAUUUACACGGACGGAUUCUUGAAAACCCAGUACAAAUUCUUCCCUCAUUCAUUUUCUCCUACCGACGCCUGUCCUCCUCAAGAAGAAUUAGUUCUUCCAGAAUAUUCGACUGAUUGAUAUUUUUUGCGGAUGACAAGAACAUUGCUGGAUUUGACAAUUGGGAUUGUAGAUGGAUACAACUAGUUGUGAUUCUUUUACACCUAUGUUUCAACCUAAUGAGAUUGGGUCAUCAUCAAUACAAGGCCAAGCACCUUAUGUCGGGAUGAAAUUUAAGACAUCAGAAGAAGCAAGAGCUUAUUAAGAGGAUUUUGGACGACAAAAUGGUUUUUGGAUUCAAACUCGAACAACUAUGAAGUCACGUCCACGUAUAAAUGAAGUCACCUUUAUUAAAUAUGUGUUCACAUGAAGGCAAAUAUAAUAGGAAGGUUGUCGGGGAAUCAAGAGCAAUAGAGAAUUGUGAAAAGGAUGAGUCUACAAAAAGAUGUUGUUCAACAGCUAGAGGUGGGUGUAAAGCUAACAUGUGAAUCUCGCAUGACAUUGAAGGUGGCUAUUGGAUUGUGAAAGCAUUCGAAGAUCAUCACAAUCAUAAAUUUGUUUCUCCACUUAAAAUAAUGAAAAUGAGAUCAAAUAGGAGCAUGCCUGAAUCAGCAAAAAAUCUUUCUGAAGCAUUCAAAAAUGAAAAUAUAAAAGUUGUCAAGGUUGCCUCAAUUCUUGGAGGUGACAACAUUGGUUUUGAUGGGAGGGAUUGCUAUAACCACUUAAGGUGUAUAAGGCGUAACGAGUUAGAAGUUGGUGAUGCACAAUCUGUCCUCACAUAUUUUCAAAAGAAACAAGCUGAGAAUCCACAAUUUUAUUAUGCGAUACAAUGAAAUGAAGAUGGAAGAGCAACUAAUUUCUUUUGGGUUGAUGCAAGGUCUCGUAUGUCAUAUCAAUGUUUUGGUGACGUUGUCACCUUUGACACGACCUAUAGGACAAAUAAAUAUGAUAUGCCAUUUGCUCCAUUUACUGGUGUGAACCAUCAUUCUCAAUCCAUACAAUUUGGUUGUGCAUUAUUACAAGAUGAAACGGAGGUAACAUUUAUGUGGUUAUUUCAAACAUGGCUUGAUGCUAUGGGAGGAUGCAAUCCUACUUGUAUCAUAACUAACCAAUAUCCAGCUAUGAAGGCGGGUAUUGCUAAGGUUCUUCCCUACACACAUUAUCGUUUAUGUCUUUGGCACAUCAUGAAAAAGUUUGGUGAAAAAUUGUCACAUAUAUAUUACAAGAAGUCAAAUUUCAAGAAAGAUAUGAAAGGUUGCAUUUAUUAUACGUAUAAAGUGGAAGAUUUUGAGGAAAAAUGGGAGGAUAUAAUAGUGAAGUAUGAUUUGAAUAGUAACAAAUGGCUUCAAGACUUAUACAUAAUACGUGAAAGUUGGGUUCCAGUGUAUAAUCGUGGAUUAUUUUUUGCGGGUAUGAAUACUACAAGCCGUAGUGAAGGUAUUAACUCAUUUCUUAAUAGUUUUUUUUUUUUACUUCUUGAACUAAUCUAAAUCAAAUAUGAUCGAGCUUUAGCUUCAAUUGUAAAUAGGGAGAAUGAUGAGGACAUUGAAUUAGAACACAAGUAUCGUAUUGUAAAUGAUGAUGCCUUACUUCUAAAGCAUGCAUAAAAAGUAUAUACUAGGAAUAUUUUUCAAAAGUUCAAAGAUGAAUGGAAGAAAGUCAAGGAUUAUAAGGUUGAAGAUGUGAAUUAAGAUUUGGGGACUUACAUAGUAAAACAUAAAGAAAAAGCAUUUGAUAUGUUUCAAGUAAACUUUGAUUUGCAGAAUCAUGAAGGAAAAUGUGAAUGCCAACAUUUCGAGUUUGAUGGAAUAAUUAGUGGGCAUAUUCUCAAAGUUCUUAUUUGUGAAGAUGUUGAUGAACUUCCUUCUCACUUUAUAAAAAAGAGGUGGAUGCAAGGAGCUAAUAAAUUUAGGAGUACAAAUUCAGAAAAAAUUGUGAUUACUGAUGAUGAGCAACAUACAAAGCCAUUAAGACUUGGUCAUAUGUGUAGGAAAGCAACUCAAUUAGCUUGUCAUGCUGCCGAAACAAAUGAGGGAUACCAAUUAUUUAUCAAAGCCAUUGAAGAAGUAUCUGAGCAGAUUUAUAGCUUAAAUAUUAAAACAAGGACUCUUCUUGAUACUUCUCCAGAGGAAUUAAAUAUUUGUAACGAGGAGAGUUUUCAAUUUGUGCUAUCAGAUCCCAAUGUUUCAAUGAUGGAAGGACGGAAGAAGGAUGAAAAAUGUCAACAAAAAGAUCACACUGGUUCAAGAAGGUUCAAAUCAAGUAUUGAGUUGGUACAGAAAAAUAAAAGGCGUAAAUGUGCAUUAUGCAAAGGAUUAGGCCAUGACAAGAGGAUAUGUCCUGAGAAGCCAAAGAAAAAUGGAAAUGAUCUACUCAUUGUCCAAACAAUCAUAACAUGAUUCAAAUUCGGACUUAUCUGUGAAUUUCAAGUUGGGCAAAAAAUGCUUAUGAAGAUUUAAGUUUAUGCAUUCUACCACUCUUUAGUUGACUAUGAAUCAAGAAAAGAAAUGUUUAUUUUUCUUUCUUUAAUUUAAGCUCUCUUAAUAGGGUUGGAUAGUAAACCUUGUUGGUUUAAUUCAUUUUAGUCUUUAUUUUAAUCUUUAUAGAACUGACUAGCAAAGUCCUGUUGUCAUGAAAGAAUUGUUUUAUUGCUCAAUAUAAUUAAUAUAUUAUUGAUGUAAAUUUUAGUGCUCAAUCAGUGUAAACCAAGAUACUUGAUGCACAAUAGCACCAUGAAAUUUGC